AUGGAUUCCAAAACCGCCGAGUCGUCGUUUCCCGUCAACCCGAUAGUGACCUAUCUGCGACUAUUAAAAGAAAAGAAGACCGGCCUGCCCCAUGGCCAGUUGAUUUGUGUGUCGCCGGCGUCCGCCAUCACCACCACCGCGGGGCUGCUCCGCAUCGCCAACCUGGUUGGGCCGCAUAUCGCCGUGCUGUGCGUGCAGGCCGAUAUCAUCGACGACUGGUCGCCCGAGACCAUGGCUGCGCUGAUAGCCACGUCGAGAAAGCACAGUUUUAUUUUAUGGGAGGGCGGCCGCCAGCUGCUGCUGAUGGGCAACGCCGUCUCGACCCAGAUGCUGCUGGACCGCCGGCGGCGAAAUCGUGAGCAGAUCGACGUUAUCAAGCAGCUAUACACACGAGGUGUCGUUAGCAUCGCUUCGUGGGCCAGUCUGGCAACCCUGUGGCCUUCGAGUGCCGAGGCCCAUCUGCAGGAAAGCGAUAUUGCCAUUUCAGCAUUGCGUCACGCAGCCCGCGAGACCGUCACAAGAGUCGCCCAAGUCAUUCGCACAGAAAUCACCGUCGACAGCAAAUCCAGAAACCAAGAUGACCAAGAUGACGACGACGACGACGACGACGAAGAGAACGGCGUCGCUAUUGACUCGACCCUAUUGCCGCCGCCAGCCGACCUUUCUACAAGCUCGCUGGAGCCACCGAUCCGGCGCACUUCUACCAUUUCACUCACCCACUCCAUUGUCCAGCGAUCCGACCCAUCGCCGAAAUUCACUGCCCACGAAAGUACUAGCGUCGAAGACGACGCCAACUUCAUCCAAGACGCCGAAUGGUCCUGGAAGUCGCUCGAGCCCCCGCAACUUGCGCGCGGCUUAAUUCUGGGCUUGCCGCAACGCGGCAGCUCAUCGUUCGCCUCCGUCUGGUAUAGAGAUAGCUGUCUCGCAGCUGGCCGCGCCAACCGCGACUUUGUCGUUGGGUUUUUCUGCCUAGAGUCCUUCCUCGAAGUCUCACGUGAGCCCGAGCUGCUAACGCCCAGCGCACCACCCUCGCCGGAGAGACAACUCCCUAAAAGCGAUAAAGAGAAGGACCAAUCGUUUGUUAUUUUCUCACGGCUGCCCUUUGACUGGCGACAAAUUCGGGCAUCGCAUUUCAAUACUUAUGACGACGACGCCGAUUUAGAGGACCCAGAGGGCGCUAACAUUGAAGCCAAGUUGCUCCAUACUAUAAUGGACCAGGCUAUGAACUCUAUCCAUGAGGAUGAAGAAGGCGAUAACAAUCAACCACGUUCCGACACGGAAUUGUUGCACGUACCGGUUAUUACACUGGGAUAA